GGCCUAGAGAGGGCGCGGGUAGCCGGAAUGGCAGACCAGGGGCUGGAGAUGGCCUCUGUGAUUCCAGCCCUCAGGGAGCUGGGCAGUGCUAGUCCAGAGGAAUAUAAUACUGUUGUACAGAAACCAAGACAAAUACUCUGUCAGUUCAUUGACCGGAUACUUAUGGAUGUAGAUGUUGUGGCUCUGGAACUUGUUAAGAAAACGGAAUCUCAGCCUAGUUCUGUAAUGUUGCUUGAUUUUAUUCUUCACAUCAUGAAAUCGUCCCCACUUAUAUUUAUCAACCUAACUGGAACUUAUCAGCAAAGUGAAGUAGAGUCUAACUGUAUUGAAUUUACCAAUUGGAUCAUAGCAAGGCUUUUGAGAAUUGCUGCCAGUCCAAACUGCCUCACUUUACAUGAGAACAUCUGUAAUGUCAUUUGUUCUCUACUGUCUCUUUUCAAAGUCAAGAACUGUGUCUUGUUUGACCUGCUGACAAGAGAACUGCUACUUCUUCUUCAAGAUCUGAUUUUACUCCAUGAAAGAAAUGUGGCUGUUCACCUCCAAGGGGAUUUAUUGAGCUGGCCUGUUGUUGUGGACAGAUUUUCAAGCAAUGGCAAAAUACAUCCGGGCUACUUAAGUUCCGUCCCGCUACAGCUGAUGGGCAUGAGCAAUGUGGAAUGCUUGGAAGUUACCCUGAUAAAAAUUAUUACCAAUAUAGCUUCUAAUGUGUUUUUUAGACGGCAGGACAUAACCCUUUGGGGAAUAGGAUGCUCUCUGUUGGAGUAUGGUAGUCCAAAAACCAAAGUGCUGGGCAUGACUUUUAUAACAGAACUUGUCCAACUAGGAGGGCCUCCUGAACAACUAGCUAGCAAUUUCUUCUCUGUACUUUUUGGAAUGUUGCAGUCCAUUCAUGAAGUGGAUGCUGCACAGCUGGAGCUAUAUGAAGAACCGCUGUUAAUGUUAGUGAGGGCUCUGUUUCCUUUUGAAGCCCAUGUCCAUAGGAGCAUUGAACCCAUCUUUCUAAACAUAUUACUCGAGAAGCUCCAUCUGAUUUUUGAAGCUGAUGCGCUGAGGCUUCUUCCUUCUGAGAAGGUGAAAGGAACGUUAUGUCACAUACUGCAGUAUUUCCUGAAGUUUGUACCAGCCGGAUAUGAAUCUGCUGUUCCAGUUAGAAGGGCCCGAAUUAACAGCAUCUGCAGCUUUUUCAUUGCUGCAAUUGGAAGUCAGACAGAAGAAGAGUAUCUACUGAGUCCACUUUACGCUGCCUUGAAGACUGAAGCAGCCGAGAUCAUCCAGGAGCUUCACUGUAGUGAUCAUCCAGAGACUUCUGAUGCUGAUGGAUGGAACAGCAGUAGUAGUGAUGAAAUUCCAGGGAAAAGGAUACGACUAAGCCUGGCCUUAAAGCAUCCUAAAAAGUUUCCUACAUCAGCAGAGCCUACCCCUGUGAAUAUGAACACGAAGAGCAUGCUGUGGAGUGCUACUAGCGAGAAAGCUGAAUCUCUGUUGUCUCGCCUGGAACAAGACAUUCUGACAGAAAAACUUCUACAAACCAUAGAGGGAAUUGCUUUAAUAGUGCGACUGGCUGCUCUGUGUGCGGUACAUGCUACACAAAAUUCCAACAGUACAGGUCACCAAGUCAGCCAUCUGUAUAAUUCACACAAUCAUAAAUAUAAUGCUGGUUUGCCUUCGAAAUCAGGAGAGCCUAUACAGUUAAUGUGGCUUUCUUCUGAGUUCAUCCUGAGAGUACUUAAAGUCUGUUGGAAGCUGUUGGAGCCCACUUCACAGAUAACUGAUCUAGAGCAAGUGAUUCAAAGAGUGGUGAAGGUCAUCGAUGCCUUACUUUAUAUGCAAGUAAAUGUCCACCUUAAUGAUGAAAUUAUUGGGAACUUGUUUGGAAUGCUGUGUUUGCCAUGGGUUUCCAACCAUUCUGAUGACCCUUCAAUCCACCUGCCUACAGUUAAUAUGAACCUUCUGGCUUUGAGCCAACAUGCUGGAAGGUGCUUUUUACCUGAAACUCAGUCAUACUGUGUCUUUCUGCUUUCUUUGAUUCCAAGAAAAUUGUGUCUGAAGUGGAGAAAUUGUGUGUAUCAACAUGCAUUACGGAGUCCCCAUGAAAUUAUCAGAGCUAACUGUAUUAAAGGAUUUCCUGUCCUGAUGAACCAGUCAGGUGUAAAAUCCUGUGCUACGUUGCCUGCUUAUCUUUUAGAGCAAAUAAAGGAUGAAUCUCUGUUAGUCCAGAAAGCUUAUGGCAGUGUCAUCGGAACAUUAGCUUGCGGUCUUUCUGGUAGCUUCAAUUUAAGACCUCCUCUAAACGAACCCAACAUCCAGCCCAAAAGUUGUGACAUCCUCUGCAGCAGCCUUGUUGCUACUUGUUCUCAUGAGGAAACUUGUGCUGUGAAAGCUUCCGUUUUCAAGCCAUUUCUAAGACUUCUGGAACACAAGGUACCCAGUCCAGUAAAGCUUGUUUUAGUAGAGAACCUCUCUCUCCUUUGUAAACACCUGAACUUUCAAGAAGAUGAACUGAAUGUUAAAGCUGUAAUUGGAGCUUUUUUAAACCUAAUGGAAGAUCCAGACAAAGAUGUAAGAGUGGCUUUUAGUAGCCAUAUCAAGCACUUAUUGGGUUCUUCAGAGACUGAGGAAGGCUUCAUAAAAGAGCUCUUCGUUUCCAAAAUGAAAGAGGCCUAUACAAAUGCCAAGAUGUCAAGAAACAGUGAACUGAAGGAUACGCUGAUUCUCACAACGGGCGAUAUUGGAAGGGCAGCAAAAGGGGAUUUGGUGCCCUUUGCACUCCUACACUUGUUGCAUUGCUUGUUGUCCAAGUCACCAUCUGUGGCUGGAGCAGCAUAUACAGAAAUCAGGGCUUUGGCUGCUGCCAGAUCGAUAAAGCCGCAAGCAUUUUUCAGCCAGUACAAGAAAUCCAUCUGUCAGUUUUUAGUGGAAUCUCUGCACUCCAGCCAGAUGGCAAUGCUUUCCAACACUCCCAUUCAAAGCAAUGAAAUGCAGAAACAAGAGAGUGCUCAUCAGAGGGAGGUAGCCCUGGAUACAUUAUCUGAAAUUGCCAAUGUUUUUGAUUUCCCAGAUCUCAAUCGUUUUCUCAGUCGGAUUCUCCAAGUUCUGUUGCCUGACCUUGCUGCCAAGGCCAGUCCUGCAGCCUCUGUGAUCAUCCGAACAAUAUCAAAACAGCUAAAUGUAAACCGCAGAGAGAUCCUCAUCAACAACUUCAAGUACAUCUUCUCUCAUUUAGUCUGCUUCUGUACUAAAGAUGAGCUGGAGCGAGCACUACAUUAUCUCAAGAACGAAACAGAUAUAGAACUGGGAAGUCUAUUGAGGCAGGACUAUCAGGGAUUGCAUAAUGAAUUAUUGCUACGUAUAGGAGAACAUUAUCAACAGGUCUUCAAUGGCUUAUCAAUACUGGCUUCAUUUGCAUCUAAUGAUGACCCAUAUCAGGGACCCAAGGAUAUAACAUCCCCUGAAUUAAUGGCUGGUUAUCUACAACCAAAACUGCUGGGCAUCUUGGCUUUCUUCAACAUGCAGCUGUUAAGUUCCAGUAUUGGUAUCGAAGAUAAAAAGAUGGCUUUAAACAGUUUGAUGGCUUUAAUGAAGCUUAUGGGUCCCAAGCAUAUAAGUGCAGUGAGAGUAAAGAUGAUGACUACCCUCCGGACGGGGCUGAGAUACAAGGAUGACUUCCCAGAGUUGUGCUGCAAGGCUUGGGACUGCUUUGUUCGCUCCUUGGACCAGGCUCAUCUUGGCUCCCUUCUCAGCCAUGUGAUAGUAGCUCUCUUGCCUCUCAUAAACGUUCAGCCUAAAGAAACUGCAGCAGUCUUCCGUUUUCUUAUAGUAGAGAACAGAGACGCAGUGCAGGACUUUCUACAUGAAAUAUAUUUUCUACCUGAACAUCCUAUACUCAGAGAAAUUCAAAUAGUGCUUCAGGAAUACAGAAAGGAAACUUCGAAAAGUGCAGACUUGCAGGCAGCACUGCAGCUGUCCAUGAGAGCCAUUCAGCAUGAGAAUGUAGAUGUUCGGAUCCAUGCUCUUACCAGUCUGAAGGAAACGUUAUAUAAAAACCAAGAGUCACUGAUAAAAUAUGCAACAGCCAGUGAAACUGUUGAGCCAGUUAUAUCUCAGCUGGUGACUGUCCUCCUAAUAGGCUGCCAGGAUGUAAACUCUCAAGCACGGCUGCUUUGUGGGGAAUGCUUAGGUGAACUGGGAGCUGUAGAUCCAGGCCGGCUGGACUUUUCUACAAGGGAUGACCAAGGGAAAGGCCCGAGGUUUGUGACGGGCGUUGAAGAUCCAUAUUUUGCCUAUGGAUUGUUAAUGGAGUUGACAAGAGCCUUCUUGGCUUAUGCUGACAAUGUUCGGGCUCAAGAUUCUGCAUCAUAUGCUAUUCAGGAGUUGCUAUCUAUUUAUGAUUGUAGAGAGACAGCCACUGACUGCCCAGGUUCCAAACUUUGGAAAAUGUUUCCUGAUCAUGUUCAGGAAAUACUAGAACCACAUUUACAUACACGAUACAAAAGUUAUCAAAAGGUUGUUAACUGGUCCAAGGUGAAGAAACCGAUUUAUUUAAGUAAACUAGGCAAAAACUUUGCAGAAUGGUCAGCAACCUGGGCUGGUUACCUUAUAACCAAGGUGCGAUAUGAUCUUGCCAGUAAAGUUUUCAACUGCUGUGGUAUUAUGAUGAAGAAUGACUUCAAAGUGACCAUUUAUCUUCUUCCACAUAUUCUUGUUUAUGUCCUUUUGGGAUGCAAUCAGGAGGAUCAGCAAGAAAUUUAUGGAGAAAUCAUGGCUGUUCUGAAAAAUGACGACACCGGUGCAAGGCGAUGUGAGGACAGUGCCUCGGAUCUGAGUCAUUUAAGCACCCAGACAAUAUUCUCCAUGCUUGAUCAUCUAACACAGUGGGCUAGAUAUAAAUUCCAAAAACUUAGUGCUGCAAAAGCUGCUAAUAAAUCAAGUAAAGACAGCGCGGAGUUGCAAGCACCAAAUGAAGAAUAUGGAGAAUAUCAAAGCGUAGUCCGCUUUCUUGACCUCAUACCUCAGGACACACUAGCUGCGGCUUCCUUUCGCUCCAAAGCAUACACAAGAGCAGUGAUGCACUUUGAAUCAUUCAUCAUGGAAAAGAAACAAAACAUUCUAGAACACCUUGGAUUUUUGCAGAAAUUGUAUGCUGCCAUGCAUGAGCCAGAUGGAGUGGAAGGAGUAAGUGCAAUACGGAAGGCAGACCCAUCGCUCAAGGAACAGAUCCUUGAACAUGAAAGCAUUGGCUUGCUGAGAGAUGCAACAGCUUGCUAUGACAGAGCAAUUCAGCUGGAGCCUGACCAGAUUAUUCAUUAUCAUGGUGUGGUAAAGUCCAUGUUAGGUCUUGGUCAAUUGUCUACUGUAAUCACUCAAGUGAAUGGAGUCCUUGCUAAGAGACCUGAAUGGACACUCGAAUUAAACACCUACAGAGUGGAGGCAGCCUGGAAACUGGCUCAGUGGGAUUCACUGGAAAACUACUUAGCUGCAGAUGGGAAUUCUAACACAUGGAGUGUUAGGCUUGGGCAGUUGUUGCUAUCAGCCAAAAAGAAAAACGCUGCCACUUUUUAUGAAACUUUGAAAUUUGUUCGAGCAGAGCAGAUAGUUCCUCUUUCAGCAGCCAGUUUUGAAAGAGGGUCAUAUCAGCGGGGUUAUGAAUACAUUAUCAGGUUACACAUGCUGUGUGAGCUGGAGCACAGCAUUGCAUCAAUGCUUCAGCAACCUGAUGGAGACUACAGUCAAGAUUCUCUGAACUGGCAUGCUCGGCUAGAAAUGACACAAAAUUCAUACAGAGCGAAAGAACCCAUCUUGGCUCUUAGAAGAGCUUUGCUUAGCCUCACUAAAAGAGUGGAUUAUAGUGAGGAGAUGGGAGAAUGUUGGCUUCAAAGUGCCCGAGUUGCUCGAAAAGCUGGUCAUCAUCAAACAGCAUAUAAUGCCCUCCUUAAUGCUGGGAAAUCCAAGUUGUCAGAAUUGUAUGUGGAGAGAGCAAAGUGGUUGUGGUCCAAGGGUGAGGCUCAUCAGGGCCUUAUCAUUCUUCAGAAAGGAGUUGAAUUAUGUUUUCCGGAUAAUCAAGUACCAUCCGAUGCUAAAAGUAAGCUCAUCCAUGGGGAAGCCCUGCUACUGGUGGGCAGGUUUAUGGAAGAAACUGCCAACUUCGAGAGUAAUGCUGUCAUGAAAAAAUAUAAGGAUGUCACUACUUGCUUGCCAGAGUGGGAAAAUGGACACUUCUAUCUUGCUAAAUAUUAUGAUAAACUGAUGCCAACAGUAACUGAAAAUAAGAUGGAAAAACAAGGAGAGCUGAUUAAAUAUAUAGUUAUUCAUUUUGGAAGGUCUCUGCGUUUUGGAAACCAAUUUAUCUAUCAGUCAAUGCCCAGAAUGUUAUCUUUGUGGCUUGACUUUGGAGCAAAAGCAUAUGAAUGUGAGAAAGCUGGUCGUCACGAUCGUGCACAAAUGAAAACUGACUUGGCUAAAAUUAACAAGGUGAUUACAGAACACACACAGCUUUUGGCUCCUUACCAGUUUUUGACAGCGUUCUCCCAACUGAUCUCCCGAAUCUGCCACUCCCACAGUGAAGUCUUUGUUGUUCUUAUGGCAAUCAUUGCCAAAGUUUUUGUAGCCUAUCCUCAACAAGCAAUGUGGAUGAUGACCGCUGUGUCUAAGUCCUCUUAUCCAAUGCGUAUGAACAGAUGCAAAGAAAUCUUAAACAACGCUAUUCAUAUGAAGCCAUCUCUGGGAAAAUUUAUUGAGGAUGCAGCUCGCCUGACAGAUAAGCUCCUAGAGCUAUGUAACAAAUCGGUUGAUGACAACACCUCCACACUGAGCAUGGGUGUUCAUUUCAAGAGUUUGAAGAAGUUGGUAGAACAGCAGACUUUUAGCGAGAUCCUUAUUCCUUUGCAGUCGGUAAUGAUACCUACUCUCCCUUCAGUUCCUGGCACACACUCCAGUCAUGACCCUUUUCCUGGAGGCUGGGCUUAUAUUGCUGGCUUUGGAGAUACGGUUGAAAUCCUUGCAUCUCUUCAGAAGCCUAAGAAGAUCACUUUAAAAGGUUCAGAUGGGAAAUCCUAUAUCAUGAUGUGCAAACCAAAGGAUGACCUAAGAAAGGACUGUCGACUCAUGGAGUUCAACUCCUUGAUAAAUAAGUGUUUGAGAAAGGAUGCAGAGUCACGUAGACGAGAACUCCACAUCCGGACCUAUGCUGUUAUUCCCCUGAAUGAGGAAUGUGGGAUAAUUGAAUGGGUGAAUAAUACAGCUGGCUUGCGAAAUAUCCUGAUCAAACUGUACAAGGAGAAAGGUAUUUAUAUGACUGGAAAGGAGCUACGUCAGUGUAUAAUUCCAAAGACUGCACCUUUACAUGAAAAGUUGAAAGUUUUCAAAGAGACUCUACUUCCCCGGCACCCUCCAAUUUUUCACGAAUGGUUUCUGAGAACAUUCCCUGAUCCUACUUCCUGGUACAGCAGCAGAUCUGCCUAUUGUCGUUCUACCGCAGUGAUGUCGAUGGUUGGGUACAUACUGGGCCUUGGGGACCGUCAUGGAGAAAAUAUUCUGUUUGAUUCCCUAACCGGUGAAUGUGUGCACGUGGAUUUCAACUGUUUGUUUAAUAAGGGGGAAACUUUUGAUUUUCCGGAGAUUGUUCCAUUUCGCCUUACUCAUAACAUGGUCAAUGGGAUGGGUCCAAUGGGGACAGAAGGCCUCUUCCGAAGGGCUUGUGAAGUUAUAAUGAGACUCAUGCGUGAUCAGAGAGAACCACUAAUGAGUGUUUUGAAGACUUUUCUCCAUGAUCCUCUGGUAGAGUGGAGUAAACCAGUGAAAGGCAAUACAAAAGCCCAAGUGAAUGAAACCGGAGAAAUUGUCAAUGAAAAGGCCAAGACCCAUGUACUGGAUAUAGAUCAACGACUGCAGGGUGUGAUUAAAAACAGGAAUAGGGUAAAAGGCCUGCCUUUAUCGAUUGAAGGGCACGUUCACCAUCUCAUUCAAGAUGCAACUGAUGAAAAUUUGCUGUGCCAGAUGUAUCUUGGCUGGGCUCCAUACAUGUAAAAUGCUGCCGUUUACAAGUGAUCCUUUAACAGUUUUGUA